GCCUUGAUCACGUGAUCCACCGUGUGAUGAGCAGGCAUUCUCUGAGCAGACUGAGAUGUAACCUUUCACCCGUGGAGGGAGUUCCUUCACAGCUGGGAAUUUAAAGCACUGUGAAAGAAACGUUUAACUACAAACUGCUUCCGCCCUGGGAUGCAAUGGAGGAGUUGGGGGGUAAGUUGCCCCAAAUGUCAGGUGCAGCAUGAAUGACUGAGCCCUGUUCUUCUAGCACUUUCAACUCUAGUCUACCCCAUUUGCCUCACGUUGGCUGUGCCCAUGGCAUCCAGUUAUCCUCCUCCAUUGGAGGGUUCUGUGGAGGUAAAGGAGGGCUUCUUGUGUCCGCUAUGCCUGAAGGACCUGCAGUCCUUUUACCAGCUGCAGGACCACUAUGAGGAGGAGCACUCGGGAGAGGAGCGGCAUGUACGUGGUCAGAUAAAAAGUCUGGUGCAGAAGGCCAAGAAAGCCAAAGACAAGCUGCUUAAGCGGGAUGGAGAGGAGAGGAAUGAGACCAGCUAUGAAUCUUUUUAUUACGGGGGAGUGGACCCAUACAUGUGGGAACCACAGGAGCUUGGAGCUACCAGGAGCCAUGUAGACUUUUUCAAAAAACACAGAGCUGAAAGGAUUGACCACUAUGUGGUUGAAGUUAAUAAACGCAUCAUCCGACUAGAGAAGCUAACAUCUUUUGACAGGACCAAUAUGGAUGCAGGAAAAAUCAGAGCACUUGAGAAAUCUGUGGUGUCUUGGGUAAAUGACUCGGAUGUGCCCUUUUGCCCGGACUGUGGGGGCAAGUUCAACAUCAGGAACCGCCGUCACCAUUGCCGCCUGUGCGGUUCCAUCAUGUGCAGGAAGUGCAUGGAAUUUGUCACAUUGCCAUUAGCCUACAAACUGACCAGCGGCACUCGCGAGGCCCUGAGUGCCCCAGCAGGCAGCCCUGGGCAGAAGGAGUCGUCUGGCUCUGGGGUCGCAGUGGUCCCAUCCCUCUCCCGGCGCGGCAGCAUCAGCAGCCUGAGUUCGGUCAGCUCCGUACUGGAGGAGCGGGACGACGACCGCAUCCGCUGCUGCCACCACUGCAUGGACACGCUGCUCAAGCGCCAGGAGAAGCUGGAGGAGAAGGACCACGUGCCCGACAUCGUCAAACUCUAUGAAAAACUGAGGCUUUGCAUGGACAAGGUCAAUGAGAAGGCUCCCGAAUACAUCCGCAUGGCCGAGUCCUUAAAUGCAGGAGAGACAAUCUAUAACCUGGACACAGCAGGUGGCCUCAGGAUGGAGGUGCAGAAGUACUACGAGCUCAUCGAUGCUCUCAGUAAAAGGAUUAUGACACUUGGAGUAAAGGAGGAACCUCAACCUCAUCCGAAGACUCUUCAGCUACAGAGGAUGGUGCGCUACAGUGCCACGCUGUUUGUUCAGGAGAAGCUUCUGGGUCUCAUGUCUCUGCCCACUAAGGAUAAGUAUGAAGAGCUGAAAGAAAAGCGAAGAGAGGAACAGGAAAGGAGACUGCAGCAGGAGAGACAGGCUGCUCUUGAGAAUCAGAAGCGUCGGUCGGAGUUAGACAGGACUCGUCCAGCCCCCAACACCAACGGAGAGGCCCCCGCCUCUGCGCGCUCUCCCCGCAUGACCAAGGCGGUCGGCUGGCUGCCCUCGUCGGACGCGCUGCACACGCGCCAGCUGGACGACCCACUGCUGCAGCAGAUCGACAACAUCCAGAGCUUCCUGCGACAGGCGCGCGCAGCCGGCCGCGCGGACGAGGCCACCGUGUUGGAGGAGAACCUGCGGCAGCUGCAGGACGAGUACGACCUCCAGCAGACCAGCCGCGCCAUCGAGCUCUCCAAGAAGCUGGCCGAGGAGGAGAGCCUGCAGCAGGAGCAGCUGGAGCGCCUGGAGUGGAAGGAGAGGGCACACGGGGUGUGGAGGGACACCGAGGGAUACGGAGAGGAGCAGACAACGGCAGAGGAGGAGGUGAGGAAGAAGGAGAAGGAGGAGGAGGAAGAAGAGAAGGAGGAAGAUGAGGAGGACAAGCGCUACACCCUGGCCAGACUAAGCACUUCGCCGCCUAGAGCAACAACCAUCAAGAGCUUCCCGCCCCUGGGCGAGUCUCCCCCGACCACAUCCGAACAGCCCCCGUCACUCAACCCCUUUGACGAGGAAGACUCCACCCCGGUGGAAGAGGACGAUUCCAACCCCUUCGCUGAGGACAUCCAGAGAGAACAGAAGGCAGCCACGGCCAAUGGGAAAAAGGAGUACAACCCCUUUGAGGAGGAAGAGGAGGGCGUGGUGGAUGAAGGAGCUGAGACCACGCGGGAAAGUCCAGCGGGUAGAAACCCCUUUGAAGAAGAUGCGGACGGUGAUGCAAGGAACCCGUUUAAUGAGGGGACGGCUGGCACGCCACCUGGAGCGUCCAAAAAUCCUUUUGAUGACGACGAGGAUGAUGCGUCGGUGGCGUGCGAAAUCAUAGAGGAGGAGCUGUUACGGCAGCAGAUUGACAACAUCCGCGCCUACAUUUUUGACGCCAAACAGAAUGGACGCGCAGACGAGGUGGAGCUGCUGUCUGAGAACCUGCGGGAGCUGCAGCGCACACUGCAAGAACAAAAGAGGAAAGCACGCUAAACAACCCCCCCCCCCCCCUUUUCUUUUUUCCUCUCACUUUUCUCGAUCCCUCUCCCGUCACUCCAUCCGUCCUGCUUUUCUGUCUCACAAGCAGUAUUUUGCAGUAUUUCUUCAUUUGUCUCCCAACAGCAGGACCGUUUGAUGUGCGUUCACUUGUGUCCUGUUUCUCUCUCUCUCUCUCCAGGACAUCCUUGGAUGGGGAGAACUCAUACAUACAUACAUACAUACAUACAUACAUACAUACAUACACAUACCCACACACACACUAGAGCUAAACUGAUGGAUAGGACUUUCAGGUUUUAUAUUGAGUUCAACCUAAGUUAACUGAAACUGAAUGUGGAGAGGCCUGAUCUCCCACGGCUAUCCCCAAAUCAAGUCUCAUUCUGCUUCAUUGCGGCAGACUCGAGUACCAGAAGGCUCUUCCUGAGAUACCAGAAGGCAAAAUGGACAGUCCAAACUGUGAGAAGGUAUUUAUGUGGAACUGCAGUCAGCCGACAACUUGAAUAACAAUCCUUUUACUGCUUCACUGUCCGUCAACUCUGUGGCUACCAGGGUCCCUCCAUUAAUAGCCUUGAGGGGUAAAUAUAUUUUAUAUAUGCACUCUCCCCACCAAUGAAAAUAAGAUAACUUGUAUGAGAAUCUAGCUCUACUUGGUAGUAACGUGAUUUCUGCUACACCAACCUUAAAUUGCACCAUAUCCUUUAAGUCAUAGCCUUAAUACAGAUGGUUCAACUUCCAGGUUGGUCAGUGUUACAGUUGAACUCUGCCAGCACCUGAGGAUUUUUCAGAUCAGCACUCGGGGCAGCCCUUGACCCCCUGGCUUUGAGACUCCGUUGCAACAAUUUGCCAUAAAGCACUUUUUAAACGCUGAAGGUCAGUUCAGUUUGCAUUAUCUUUCCCCCCAAAAAAGACAGGAAUUUUUUUACCAAAGUAAUGUUUUGGUACUUCCUGUGCAAUUCAGUCAUAUGUACAGUGCAUAGGGUAUGUACUUUGUGAACAAAUGAGUGUGUAUUGUUACAGACUAGUUCACAAAAUGAAAUCUAAGAUUAAAAGUGAAAUGUGUAACUGAUGAUGAGGCACUCCUAGCAUUCAUAUGGUUCUCAUGAGUUCCUGCCAUGCAUCACUAGUCAUACGCUAACAUGCACUAACAUGCCUGUACCUGAACCUACACAAUAUAUGUCAUGAUCCUCACUGACCUACACUUGCAGUCCACUGGGGUUGACAUUUAGCCUUCUUCCACAAAGGAGCCAAGAACCACUCUUAACACAAUGCAAGUGCUUAUUCGCCCACAGGGAUAGCCAUAUCAUGCAGACACUACACCAGUCCAGUGCUAAGUAUUAUCAUGUAUACUGUCGGAUUAAAGUUUGCUCUAAUUUACAGAUUUUACUUAAGAACAAUGUUAAAGUUGACAUUUUGUCUCAAGCUGGAAUAGUAUUGUCUUUUGUCACCAGUGUACAUUGUACAGCGUUGCUUGGUGCAACUUUGGGAGUCAGCACUUUCAUGGGGCACUUGUAUAACUGGUGCACUUGUAUAACUGGUGCACUGAGUGACUAAUUUAGUAGCUUUUGGACAAUGUUGCCUGCUCUCCUGUGUUGAUGUCAGGAGUAUGUUGUAACUCUGCACUAAUAAAAUUACAUGUGAAGAAAUGCC